AUCAAUUACCUUCUUCAAGUUAGGCUUAUGAUAGUUAAGAGUUUUAUUGUACGAUAUUUGGGCGCGGAGCUGGAGAGUGGAGAAUGGGAAUCAAAGUGAUCAUAGUUGACAUGAACACAAUGAUGUCAUCCGAGACUUGCAAGAAAGUGAGCGGAAUUUGUCUCCAGGAAGUAUCCUUGUUAGCUGACCAUUCUGUCCAACCAGCCUUCAUGUUAGCAUGUCUUUCUGCACACACCGAGAUUCUGUACCCACUACAAAUUUUGAACGAAGGGUCUAUAAGUGUAUUGCGGCGAAGUAUUGACACUCUAGUUCAAUACCAUAGAGACACUCCUUUGGUGGAUGAUAGCUCUGAACAAACGAUAACGCAGUGUGUUCAGUUCAUAUUGAACACGGCUGAUAAACUUCUCUCUAACACUUACAACCAGGUAGCAGGUGUUAUUGAUGUGCUGUUCAUCACUUGUCAAACCCGAUUGAAGGGCAAAUUAGAUUCUGUUCUUUCCAAGCAGACAAUAACUACACCUAAGAAAGUCACUGUGUUAACUAUCGCUGAAGAAGAAAAAGAAGGUUCAGAAGUACCGGAAUGUCUCACCGAGAUAGACGACAUUUCUGUGUCUCCGUUUUAUACUAACAUUCAGAGACCCUUGAGAAAGUGGUUCUUCGGGCAAGAAAGUGAGCUAGCUACCUUAUCCCUGCCUGACAACCUCAUAUUAUCCUGUGACUUGCUACCCUUGAGUAUAGACCCUUCUUCUCUGUCAGCAAAAACUCAGUCUUGUCUAACACUCACUAGACCGAAAAUUCCCGGUUCUAUGCUGGAUAGGCAACAAGGAAGAAAACUGAAGGGGGAGAAGCUGUUUAAAUUGGAACAGAUAUGUGAAUCAGUAUUGUUUGGGUCCCCAAUGCUUCUAAUACCAUCAACUCAUUGGACAAUGGAAUGGGACACACUCGAGGAGAAUCAACAUAACUUUGCUGCUUUUUGUAAAUCUCUCUCAGAAUCAAACAGUGCGUUACUCUGCCGUAAUUCUGAGGAAGUGGAGGGACUGUUCUUGAUUCUUGCCGAGACUGACGGAACUGCUCUUAUAAAGCCGAUAGUCUGCAGCGAAUUGUUACUCCCGAAGCCCAACAUUCCCCUGAUUGUUCAAUUAUCAGACGAAACUACCCAAUUAGUAGACGAUUCUCUGAAGAAAUUAGAAUUAUCUGACGAAUCUUUCUCUCCUUUGGAUCACUCAGCCAACUUACACGAGUGUUUGAUACGAAGGAUGGAACCCAGAAAACGCAAACUCUUAAACGACUCAUCCUCUAAUUUAUAUGAGGUACCGUACAAUCAAAAUCAGAACGCUGCUCAUGCUACACCAGAUAAAAUCACGAAUACGUUCAGAUACAAUGCUCCGACUUUUGACGAUAGUCCUUACUAAUGAUAACAGCAAAAGUAGAUAAAGACCAAUUUAUCCUCCAAGAUAAAGUUUCUUAUAUGCUCAGGGAACAAACUUCACCUCUAACUUCA